AAAAUAAAUAUUAUGAAUAAUCGCGGCAACUGCGCUCGUGCCCCCCAUCCUGUCAAAAUCAGCUGAUCAAGCCAGUAGUGAGCAUCGCUGUUCCCCUAUCGAGCGUUCGACCACACGAGUGUCAAAAUAAACCCGCGUGAAUGCGAAAAACCCGUCGCACCCCCGCAAAAAAUCAAAAUCCCGCAGAAAAUCGAGAGCCACCGAAGGGCAAUUUCCUCGAAUAAGCGGGUAAUUUCCAUCAUUAAAAGCCAAAGCUGCAGGAGCAGAUGCCGGAAAAUCUACGCCGAGGCUCCCAGCGUUCAAUAUGGCUGCGGAAAUCAAUAAUGAGAGUAGCUCAUCAGAGGAUAGAAGAGCAUUCGACACAACUCCGUUGAAUAUACGUCUGUACAUAUGUCUCAAGUAUCAAUUCAAAGUAUCAAAUUAUUGAGACAACUAAUAUAUCUUUUUGAUUCACCGUAUUUGAACGAGUAUAGAGAGUGAAAUAGACAAAUUAUCGAUAGCAAAACCGAGUGAUGAUGAAUGAAAUGACAGAGCAGAAAGCCAGAGUAAAUUUUCGUAAUUAGAAUUAUUGUUUGAAACCAACAAGAGUUCGAUCUAGAGUAAUGACGGAUGGAUCUCACGGGGAGGAGUGAACAAAACACCGAGUAAUAUCAUAUAUUUUUAAAAUAUAAAACGUAAUUAAUAUAGUAAUAACGAGAAACGUCGAUUGAGGAGAGUAUUUAAUGUCCAUUUACUAUGGACUUAUUUCUGAUGCUCAUUCUGGCUGUGAUUACAUUUAUUUGCGGUGUAAUAUGCACUCUGGUCGUGGAAUUUUAUAUACUGAAGAUUUACGUGGAGUUGGCACCACCGGCGCAACCACCGGGGAAACCUCCGCCGCAUGGGAAGGCCGAGUUACCUGAGGAGCUGGUCAAGGAUAUCAAUAAGGAGAGACAGCAUCCCAGUAGGCAGAAUUUACAGGGAAAUGAGAAUUUAGCGAUUAAUCUGACACUUCAGUUUCUGUUCAAUGAGCUGAGGAAUGCUGAGCGGGUCAGACUGUGGAUGUAUAGGAAGUUGAAUAAUGAGUUUAAGGAGCUGCUCACGCAAACUACUACUGGUCGGCUCUUUGAUAGUGUUCAGUUACGUGAUUUAGACCUUGGUACCCAGUUUCCUAUGAUCAAGGGUCUCGAAGUGGCUGAUUCUUUCAUAAAUCGAGACACUGGAUUACUUGAGACCCUCGAUCUCUCGUUGGAUCUCCAUUACUCCGGUAAUUUUCAACUGUCCAUAGACGUGAAAAUGUUGCUUGGAAAGACUGCCUACUUAUCACUUCAGGUUAAAAGAGUCAGUGGAAGGGCCAGACUUCAGUUUACCCGAAUUCCGUACACUCACUGGUCCCUGAGUUUCUACUCCGAUCCAAUCCUCGAACUGGAGGUGCAAUCUCAGUUUCAGGGACGUCAAUUGCAGCCCCAGAUAGUAUCUCUCAUUACGGGUCAAAUUAGACGGGCAAUUAGAAGGAAACACACCUUACCAAGAUACAAAAUGCGGUACAAACCAUUCUUCCGACGAUUGAACGAUGAGGACAUUGAUUUAUCGGAGGUUGUCACAGCCCAGCUGACUCCCGGCCUCCUGGAGGUCGGUUUGAUCGAAGUAGGCAGACUGCAUCUUCCCCCGAGCGCAUUCCCAGCCGAAGAGCUAUCGCAAGUCGACGUCUACUGCACCAUCAGCGUCGACUCCACCCCCUGGGUAUACCUGACCCAGUACGGAGGAGUUCCCUACAUGGUGCUAGACCUCAUAAUCAGCAAGCCAAGUUCCCACCAGCUCGGGGUCGUCUUCAAGCAAGAAGUGAUCCCCGAAAUCGGCCAGACCUGCGUCGUAGUCGAGACUAUAGUCUCCGGGAGUCCAGCAGCAAUCGCAGAGAUGAAAAAGUCCGACAUUCUCGUCUCCGUCGAUGGUAAGAAAAUUUCGAACAUGACGCAAGUGGGAAAACUGGUGAAGAGUGCAGCCCAGCGGAGGUUCAUCAUCAGAGUUGAACGAAGAUAUCUGAAAUUCGAUGGCGAAAAGCCCCACGUAAAGCCAGAAACUGAGAGGACGUUGAUAAACGCCGAUAAAAAAAUUAGAAAUGAACUGAAUGUCGAGAGUCAAGUGAAAUUCUCCGAUCUGAGGGACUCCGGGGACUUCGAGGGCUCGGAAAAAUCAGACGGUGGGAUCAAACUGUUCAGAAGACGGAAGAGCAGUUUUCAAGUGUCCGACGACUUUGUUCCCAUCCCCGACACUCCGUCCAGAAGAAUAUCAACCACUUCUACUCACUCGACGUCCAGCAAUCCCGUCAUCAGUGGUGAUGAUUUCAUGGCCCCUUGCCUCAGUGAACUGUACUCGACAACCAGCGAAAAGAGUUAUGCGUCGCUGAUCAAUUUCGAGGAGACGAGAAAUUUUCGGAUUGAUAAUGAACUGCAGUAUUUGAAUAUCGGGGUCUGGGCCAAGGGUCGGGGGAGGGAGAUGCCGCCGAAGAUUAUUGGGUACAUCAAUACUCCUAUUAAACUUAUUCUUGCUCAGUGCUCCACUAAUACUACUGGGCAUUACUUGAAGUGUCAGGCCCUUCUGCCACCUGAUACAGCAUCGAGUUUCAAUUCAAAACUGCAGGGAUAUUCUGGUUUCGAUCCCACUCUCUGCUAUGGAGACAUCCUUCUGUCUUAUGACUGGGUGUCUAGUGAACCUCAGAGGAGGAACACAAGUGCCGACAUCAAGAAGGAAACUGGAACACCGAAGCAUGUGCCGCACAUUAGCGAAAUCGCUGAUAAAAAGCCUCAUGAUUUCAUUCGAACGCAUUUCCAUCGGGCAACACACUGCGACUUUUGUUCGAAAAAGAUCUGGCUGAAAGACGCAGUGCAAUGUCGUGACUGCGGAAUGGUCUGUCAUAAAAAGUGCGAAGCACGUUGCCAAGCAUCUGGAAAUUGUGGCGCAGAGAGCCUGGCGACAAUGGCCUUUGAGGUAGAGGAAGCAGAAACAGCAGUCAGCAUUGGCGGUGAUAUGGGACCCGAGAUAUCACUGACCAGUUGCGAAGAAAACGUUCAGGGAAUGAUGGCAGUCAAGGCCAGUAUAGCAAAUACUCUGCUGGGAUUGAAGAAAGCCGGAAGCACCAGUUGUCUAGCACCACCGACCUCGGGGGGUGGUGGAGGAUCGCGAAGUCUACCCCCAAGUCCCUGCUCAUCCCGCAAGAACUCACUGAUUGGAGGACUGGGCAUAAGUAGUGAUUUAUUUGAGGGUGCAGAGCCAAGCGUCGCAUCGCCCCUGAUUUCGGGUGAAUUAGACGAAGGUCUUAUGUCUCGUGCCAAAGAAACUGGAAAAUUUUUAUUCAAAGAUUUACAAGCCGAGGAGAGAAUUGAGAAAAUUAAUUCAAUGAUGGGGAAAUUGAAAGCGGCACUUGACGUAGAAACUACCUCAAGAGUAGAACUAUCUCAAUCCACUGACAUUGACAGUGUUAAAUUGAUAACACAGAGUGACCUGCGAGUCCAGGGACUCUCCGUAUUAUUAUUGCAUUACUGCGCCGGUUUGCAGCACGCCCAAGAGCUCCAGAAUCGGCCUGAAGUCAAAAGCGAGCCGCAAGAGACAAAAAGAGAAUAAUUCAGAUAAAAAAUGUUUAUCCGUUGAAUUGCCUUAAAUUCUUUUCUAGCAGAAUUAUCAACAGAAUGGUCAAUACUUGAGGCAAUUACUAUAGUUCAAUUUUUUUAAAUAAAUCUGCUGCCAAUCCAACUGUUGCCGUUUCUGGUAUUCAUUAAAGAAUGAUUAAUCCAUCAUUUUUCAAAGAAUCAAUGUAGUUACGCAUUUUUGAUCUUUUUGCUUCGAAAUAAUUGUACGAAUUUACACAUGCCAAUGUCUGCACAUGUCAAUUUUAAUAUAAUACUUAAUAUCAUACUCGUAAUCGUGCACUGACCAACAAAAUGAACUAGUACCGUAAUUCUAGGUGAAAAAAAUCAAACAUGAAAAUUAAAAAAUUUGAAAAAAGUCAUAUUAACAGUUAAUCAGAGAACACCAAAUGCAAGACUCAAAAAUGAUGUUCACGAGGAUGUCUUAGAUGUUGCAAGGUUGUGAUAAAAAAUAGAUGAAUAACAGAUAUAUUGAAAAAAUUGACAACAUCCAGACACUGUACCCAUGAUCGACGUAAUUAGGAAAUUAUUAUAUAUAUAUACAAUACGAUAUUUAUGCUUAAUGUUAUUCAUGAAGAUGUAUAUGAUGCUUUAACCGUACUGGCCGUUCAAAUAGCCAUCGAAUUGAGGAAAUGUGAAUUAUUAUCAAAUUUAUUUGUUAGAAUGGAAAAUCAAAAAUUGUCAUCAUAAAUUACGCACUGCAGAUGUUUAUUCGGAAUUAUGUAUCAUUAUUGGGGUGUAUCGUUAUUUUGUUGUAUUUCAAUAAAAUGAUUACAUUCGAAAAAUA